AUGCACGGCCUGGAGGUGCCCAGAGACCCGGAACCUCCGGCGGGGCGGGAGGUGCUGGGCCAGGCCGCCCGGCUCGCCUCCUCGGGGCUCCUGCUGCAGGUCUUGUUUCGUUUGAUUACCUUCGGUUUGAAUGCAUUUAUACUUCGAUUCCUUUCAAAAGAGAUAAUUGGAAUAGUAAAUGUAAGGUUAACAUUGCUUUACUCGACUGUCACCUUCUUAGCAAGAGAGGCAUUCCGCAGGGCAUGCCUGAGUGGGAGUACAAACCGAAACUGGAGCCAAACAAUCAACCUCUUAUGGCUAACAGUCCCCUUGGGUUUGUUUUGGUCCUUGUUCCUGGGUUGGGUCUGGUCCCAGAUCCUUGAAGUGCCUGAUCCUAAUGUAGUACCCAGUUAUGGAGUUGGAGUGGCAGCGUUUGGUCUCUCUGCAGUGGUUGAACUCUUAGGAGAACCUUUCUGGGUCUUAGCACAAACACAUAUGUUGGUCAGGCUUAAGGUGAUUGCUGAAAGUUUGUCAAUAAUCCUCAAAUGUAUUUUGACAGCUGUUUUAGUUGUGUGGUUGCCUCACUGGGGACUUUACAUCUUUUCUUUGGCCCAGCUUUUGUAUACUACUGUUUUGGUGUUCUGCUACGCCAUUCAUUUCAUGAAGUUAACGAAUUCCCAAGAAUCAACCAAGAAGUCUCUUCCAAUCUCAAGAAUGACAGAUUUCUUACCUCACAUCACAUUAGAUGGGACUUUUGUUAAUUGGAAAGAGGCUAAAUUGACAUGGAGUUUCUUCCAACAAUCCUUCCUGAAACAGAUUUUGACAGAAGGUGAGAGGUAUGUGAUGACAUUUUUGAAUGUGUUAAAUUUUGGAGACCAAGGUGUUUACGACAUAGUGAAUAACCUAGGCUCACUUGUGGCCAGAUUGGUUUUCCAGCCAAUAGAGGAGAGUUUUUACAUAUUCUUUGCUAAGGUUCUGGAAAGGGGAAAGAGUGUCAAGCUUCAAAAACAGGAGGAUGUUGCCAUGGCAGCAACAGUUUUAGAAUCCCUGCUGAAGCUUGUCCUUCUAAUUGGUCUGACAAUAACUGUUUUUGGCUAUUCCUAUUCUCAGUUGGCUUUGGAUAUUUACGGAGGGUCCAUGCUUAGUACUGGGUCAGGUCCUGUUCUCCUUCGAUGCUAUUGUUUAUAUGUCCUCCUGCUUGCUGUAAAUGGCGUGACUGAGUGUUUCACAUUUGCCUCUAUGAGCGAAAAGGAAGUUGACAGGUACAACUUUAUCAUGCUGGCCCUAUCCUUUACAUUCUUGUUGUCUUCCUAUUUCCUGACUGAGUGGCAAGGUAGCGUGGGCUUCAUCUUUGCCAAUUGUUUUAACAUGGGAAUUCGAAUUGCACAAAGCAUACGCUACAUCUAUAGGUACUACAGAGAGAGUCCCCACAGGCCACUGGCAGGUCUGCUUCCUUCACCAUUUCUAAUUGUGGUCUAUGUGCUCAGUGGAGUGGUCACUGGUAUUUCAGAGGUGUUUCUGUGCUGUGAGAGAGGUUGGCUGGCCAGGCUUCUGCACAUCAUUGUGGGGGCUUUGUGUUUGGGAGCUACCCUCGUGACUGUGUUCUUCACAGAGACCAAGCUGAUCUUCUUUAUACGGACUCAGUUCCUACCCAAAUACACCCAGAAAAAAACAUGAACAUAUAGGAGGACCAGUUCCUAUGUUUAGUUCUGCAGGCCUAUCAAAGGUUUGUGGUACAGAGACUCAUUUCCUGUUCAAAGGAAAAAAUGUCAUUGAGUAAGAAUCCACUAAGGUUCUGGUAUUAACAAAACCAUGUUUAUAAGAAACUAGAAAAUGGGAACUCAUUGGGAAAUAAUAGACAUAAUAUUGGUUUAUGUUUUCCCAUCUAUUUAGAGUUUUAAAUAUUAAUGAAAGAUAUAAUUUUAAAAUAGAGAUCAGAAUAAUAAUAGCAUUUUCAAUUAUCUUUUCAUCAUUUUGUGCUAAUUUGUGUUUUUUUCUUUGUUAAUUCCCUUUUGGUCUGAUCUAGCUUAAUAGCCAAAUGUAUAAUCUCUAAUUUCUCUAGAGUUGAGUAAACUUAGGGCCCUCCAAAAGAGAUUUGAUCAUUUAAUUGUUCUUAAAAACAUUGAAUUCAUUUCCCCAAAAAAGGAAGGACGCAGAGUUUUGCUUACAUAACAAAAACUAAGCAAGAUACUCGAGUGAUGCUUUUACUGUCUUUAGCCAUCAAUGUGGUCUUUUCUUUUAGAGAAGAGCAAAUGUUAUUCAUCCUACAAGUCAGGGUCUUUCUGAGAAGUAUGUUUGUAAGAAACUUGAAUUAUUAGGAAAUAAAUAAAGAGAAAUUCAAGAAAGUAAAAUAUAAAAUUCAAGGUGGAAGAAAGAUGGCAUUUACUUUAGUUGAUUAUAAACAACUAAACUAACCAUCUUAAAGAACAUGGGAUUUUGAAAAAUGAGAUCAUCAAAAGUGAGCUGCUUUUGGUUCUUCAAAAAAAAUGUUGCCUUUGUAGCUGACCUGCGCUUUUUAUAGGGAAUGAAAAUGGUAUAGAAAAGCAGCUCUCAUUUCCCUCUUUAGAAAACAAAAGGUUUUAAUAAUGUUGUAACAAAUAAGCCAGUAAUCAAACAUCUGUGACUUUUAUUGGCAUGAAAACUCCCUUCACUGAUUCAAAUUGUAGUCUGUUUAUAACUUAGUAGAGAAAUUUUAGACAGUUGUAAGAAACUCAGAUAAAUUCAGUGACUUGCCUAUGGUCACACAGCUGCUAAGUCUUCCUGACUCCAAAUCCUACGCUCUUACCUACUAAGCCUUGCUUUCUCUCCUUUGUUGUAACAAAUACCAUUCUGACAUUUUAUUCCUGAAAGAGUUUGCCGUUGCCACAUGACCAACCUUAGUUGUUGACCCACUUAUUUCUACCUUUCAUUAUUAUAAUAAAUGUGAUAAAUUUCCAGCCUAACCCAGGAAUAGAGCUGAUCCAUGAUAUUCAGAGAAUAGAGUGGUACAUAGAACAAUAAUGGAAAUUCAAUCUCAGUCAUUUAGCCAUCCAUUUGACUAAGACCUACAGAGCUCAUACUUUGUGCGAGGCCAUGUGCUAAACACUGUGGACAUCAAAAGAUGGAUAAGGCACCGUCAUGAAUUACCCCCAUAUUAGCCACGUAAAAAGGGAUCAAAGAUGGUCCUUAUCUGGGGCCUCUAAAUAGAUCUACCUGGCUUUGCAAAAGUAAGUCUUCUGUGAGCUCUGCAAAUCCAAGGUAUUCUGCCACCAAAAUAAACUCCAGGCCAUAUCCUCACUAGUCAUUGUUCUUAGGCUGCCAUUCAAAACUUCUCCAGCAACUUCCCAAGUUCCUUAGUGCUGAAAGUCUACCAACCUUUUGAUACGUCCCCAUCCCACCCCCCCAUUCCCCACCCCCGCCCCCACUGUGGAGGUAGUAACAUGAUAAGUCAGAGACUCUUACUCUACAGGGCUAGAUUCCUAGUUCUUGUCUUCAUUCCCACUUUCAUUCUCUUUCUUAUAUUCCUGAUCCCAGUGGGAUUAAACACAUUUUCCCAGCCUGGCUUCUAAGUUGCCACUUGCCUGUGGUCUGUUGGUCCCAGCUCCCAAAAGCAACUCUGCACUCACUUUAUUUUUUUUUGAUGAUAUUUUUUAAUGAUAUCUUUUGUUUUUAUGUAACCAAGAUUUCCCCUUGUAACUCCUCCCUCUCCCCGAAAAGCCAUCUCUUAUAACAAAGAAUUUUUUGAAAAGGAAAAAAAAAGGAAUAAGAGAAUUUGUAUUAUUAAGUUCACCGGCUUCCCUGCUGCUUCAGGGCAUGAUCCUUAAAGACUUAGAGCUCUGCCUCUAGUUGUAUAAUGCACUUGGGACCAUUUACUUUAAUCUUCCUUAUGCUGGCAAUUCAUAUUUUCUAGAACCAUUAACAAUAAACAGGGAAAGUCCCCCUUGGCGUUACCUUUAUUUUCCGUAUCAAUCUCCUUUAGCAUCUACUAGACUAAUACUCCCUUCAGCCUUGUUUCUGUCCCACUAGAGGACUUGCCUGUGGUCAUUAUAUCAGGUCAUCGUUUCACUUCUUCAGAGGAGUCUACUUCUUUGAAUUAUCCUUCCCCUACUUCAGCGACAAAAACCAUAACUCAUUCAAAUACAACUUAACUAUCAACAAUUGUAGGUCAAGCAUAACUCAGGGUAUUCUGAUGCUUCAGGUCUGAGACUGGAACAAAAGGAGACACUUAAAGGUCAUAUAGCAUGGUAAGAAAACUCAGUAAAGAUACAACACUGGUUUAGUUGGAUAUUUACCACACCCUAUCCCCAAUCUCCAUAUAAAAACCAAUCUAGUCAUCAAGUACGUUGAGUUUGGUGAUUCAAAUGGCGAUGAGACAUCUGUCAAGUAUGAAGGGCACUGACUUUUCUUGGACUGACAUUUUAUACCCUAGGCAACUAAGACAUUAUUUCAAUGUUCUUUAUACCUCUUCUCCUUUGUUAAAUUGUUGGAGAAAAAACAACUUUACAUUGUGUUUAAUAUCAGUUCCAUUAGAGGCACAUAUUUAUCAUAUAUAAUCAUAUCAUGCAGCUGCAAGAAGAGUGGUCUCCCAGAUUGACAGUGACAUAAUACAGUCAGAGAAAAAAAAAAAGUCUUUAUACACUCCCAAGGUUAAUCUCAGCAGUUAUUUCUGGUUUAACGUUUACAUGUAAAAUGUUUCAGACAAGGACAGAAUUGUCUCAAGGAAGCAAACUCAAAGUUCAUUUUAUAGUGUUAACAAUACAGGACAUGACAUAUAGUCCCAAGGAUCCUUAAAUAUAAAACUUAUAACAGUUGCAAAUUUCUAAACAAAUAGCUUUAGUUUCUUCUUGUGUGUGUAGAACAAUAGCUUUAGGUUUGUUGUAUCACUACCUCUCUACUAACACACAUUGACACUUACCUACAUCUGGAGACCUAAAUUUUUUAAUUUCUUCUAAACAAUUUCUUUUUCCCCCCACUAUGUGGCAUCUCGUUUAUACCUAUUUUUAAAAAUGAGUCUGUUUCAGGGAGAAGUUUGAAGUCAUUAAUUGUUCAGUUGUAUCCAGAUCUUUGUGUCCCUUAUCAUGCAAGGCCGCUCUGUCCUCCACUAUCUUCCAGUCUGUCCAAGCUCAUGUUCAUUGUUUCCAUGACACUAUUGCAUCCUCUG